AUGGUUGAUGAUAUGGUUAAUUCGUUUAAAAGGUCUGCACUUGGUAUCGGUGAAUUUUUUACACCUGUUUUAAAACAAUCAAAAUUUCGUGAAACAGGUGUUAUUACACCAUUAGAAUUUGUAGCAGCUGGCGAUUUUCUUGUUCAUCAUUGUCCAACAUGGCAAUGGUCAUCGGGAGAAGAAUCAAAAAUAAAGAAUUAUUUACCACGAGAUAAACAAUUUUUAAUAACAAAAAAUGUUCCAUGUUAUAAACGUUGUAAACACAUGGAACAUCGUGAUAAUUUAGAGAAAAUAGUUGAUGAACAAAAUGGAGACGGUGGAUGGGUUGACACACAUCACUAUGCUGAUAGCACACAAACAGAAUCGAGAGAAUAUGUGGCUGAUAUGCAAAAUUCAACAGCAACUAAUACAGCAAUGAGUUCUAAUAAACAUAUUGAAAAGCAAGAGGAUGACGAUGAUGACGAUGACGAUGCUGCUGAUAUGGAAGAAUUUGAAAGAGAAGGAUUGUUUGAUAAUGAUCCAUUAGAAGCACCAACUACAACGAAAUCUAUAAUAAGUACACAUCCAUCUACAACGACUGCUCAAGACGAUUCAUUAGUCCAAAAUACUUUACAAACUCGAACAUAUGAUUUAAAUAUAACCUAUGAUAAAUACUACCAGACACCUCGUCUAUGGCUAAAUGGUUACGAUGAGUAUCAUAAACCUCUUAAUGUUGAACAAAUGUACGAAGAUAUAAGUCAAGAUCAUGCAAAGAAAACAGUGACAAUGGAACAACAUCCAAAUUUACCCGGUCCGCCCAUGGCAAGCAUACAUCCGUGUCGACAUGCUGAUGUAAUGAAAAAAUUGAUACAAAUGGUCGCAGAAAGUGGAAAUGAAUUAGAAGUACACAUGUAUAUUAUGAUCUUUCUAAAAUUCGUUCAAGCCGUAAUACCGACAGUUGAAUACGAUUAUACCAGACAAUUUACAUUUUAA